GAGAUCUUGCAGCGCACACACAGCUCCGGCCCCGUCCAUUCCAUUCCAUUCCAUUCCAUUUGUUCCAGACAAAGUGUGUGUCCCUCAACCAAAAAGUGUGCUCCCGUGAACCAAAGAAAGAGAGUGAGAGCACCGAAAUGUCGACUAUUAACCUGCACCCCCCGCAAACGUACUCGCGCUUGUUCCGUCCCUGGGAUACUCAGAGGCAGGCACAGGCACAGGCACCGGCACCAGCACAAGCACAAGCACAAGCACUUUCAACCGCCCCACCAACCAGGACCGUGAAGAACGAGCCGGACACGGUUACCAUCAAAACGGAGCUACCCAGGAGCAGUUUCGGCCACGACAGCGACCGCGACUCCUCCUCCUCCUCCUCGUCACACAGCAGCAGCAGCAGCAGGAGCUGCAGCAGUAGCAGCAAGUCCAGCUGCGAUGAUGGAUACACUCGCACCUCCACCCCCCUGCUGGAUGUUACUCCGCAGCCCGUCUUCCCGCAUCCCUCGUGCUCCUCCACGUCGGCCUCCCCGACUCUGGCGCCAUCCCAGCAGAUGUCGGCGCAGCAUUCGUCCCCCUUCAUGCCGGCGGCCAGCGAUCUGUACUAUGCUGCUGCCGCAGCUGCAGCCGCUGCCGCCGCUGCAGGCACUCCCGCCGGUGCCGCUGCUGCUGCCGGCUUCGGAAUGGAUCCGUUUACGCUCGGUCUGAUGGAGCAGGAGUAUGCCCGGGUGAUGGCCGAGGACGCCCAGCUAAAGGCCCUGAACGCCCGCAAGCAGCGCCCAAAGAAGUUCAAGUGCCCGCACUGCGACGUGGCGUUCUCCAACAACGGCCAGCUAAAGGGACACAUUCGCAUUCACACCGGCGAACGCCCCUUCAAGUGCGAUGUGGACACUUGCGGAAAAACCUUCACCCGCAACGAGGAGCUGACGCGCCACAAACGCAUCCACACUGGACUGCGUCCGUAUCCGUGCAGCGCCUGCGGAAAGAAGUUUGGUCGCCGAGACCACCUGAAGAAGCACAUGAAGACGCAUAUGCCUCAGGAGCGCCAGCUGGGUCCGGCCAUCUUCGUGCCAAUGUACCCAUAUCUGUAUGGCUACUAAAGUCACUGAGGGAGCUCCAGCUCAAGAGAUCUGUGAAGCGCUUGCACGCUUUAAAAACGCUACAAAGCCCUUAUGCACAUAACCGCCAAUGCCAACGACAACAUAACGAUAACGACUCAAUGCCGGCCAAUACUCAAUUUCCCAUCUUGGAUAGAUCUACCUCAGCCGUACCUGGCGCAAUCUAGCGCACUCACUAGCCGCUAACAACCUCAGAGUCUCACAGUCUCAGUGAGAGAGAGAGAGAGAGAGAGAGAGAGAGGGAGAAAGAGAAAGAGAAAGAGAACCCGGUGCCCCUCGACGAUAUAUGCAAAUAUUGAGAUAUUUAUUUUUUAACUAAUAUUUACACAACGUGACGCUAAGUGACGAGUUAGGAGCGUAGCGUACAAAAGAGAAGUAAUGGAAAGAGAACCCAGCAUUUGUGUAAAUACCUCCUUAAGUGAUCCUUCCUCAUAUGCUAAGCGAUUAAGAGAUUUAAGAGAUACUAUAUACCUGUAUACACACACAAUCUUUAUUAGAUCUAAGCAGAUUUUUCACAUUUUAUAUGCUGAAUACGCGGUUACUAGCAAUAUACGAUUUAUACCUAGACAUUUAGAUAUAGAAUCAUAGUUAAAUAUUCAGAGUUGCAUUAUACGAU